CGCCCAGGUCUGCACCGAGACCUAAGGUCCACACAGUCGGCAGCGCCCUCCCGGAAGAGGUCAGUGUGGGGUUCCGUGAGUGAGUGAGGUCCGACAGCAGGACGGCCUGCGGGUGAGUGCCCCGAGUGUCCGAAGGACGGCUGCGCUCUGGUGGGGAGGAUACUGUUAAGGGGGAAGAGGUAGGGUGAUGAGGAAAGUUCCCGAGUCCUUCCAGUGUCCGCGGAAUUUAAGUGGUCCGUGGGCUGAUGACUCCUAGAAGCAGCGGAUCUUCGGUUCAAAAGGCGGACGUUGUCUUGGGGUUAGUGUGAAGUUCUGAUGGUGGUCGCAACAGAAAAGAAGUUACUUUGGAGUCACUUCCAGGAAUUUCCUUGACGCUGCAUCCAAAACUGGGAAGAAGGCGGCGAGGAUUGGCCUGCAGUGAUUUCGUCGGAAAGUAUCUGUAACUCGACCCCUUCCGGGCGAGCCUGCGAGUGAUUGCUGUCCGCGGUGCUGAAAACAGAGCGGCGCCUUGAGGAGGAAACCUGUUGAGGGCAGGACGGUGUUUCUGUUUCCCUUGGCUGUGCUCUGUGUCCCACGCUCCGUGUGUGUGUGAAGGAAGGGCUCAAUUUUUAAAAAAAUCACUGCUGGACACUCAGGCGCAGAAAGCUUAUAAAGGCAGCUUUGAUUAAAGAUGACGUCCCUGUUUGCUCAAGAAAUUCGCCUUUCUAAAAGACAUGAAGAGAUAGUAUCACAAAGAUUAAUGUUACUUCAACAAAUGGAGAAUAAACUUGGAGAUCCAAACAAGGAAAAGGCCCCUCAGAUGCAAACAGCUGAGACUGCUUUACAAAGGAACCUUAGUCUUUUAAAGGAUAUAGAAGCGGCAGAGAAGUCUCUACAGACCCAGAAUCAUCCAGUUCCACCGCCUGAGGUGGCUUCUCUUGAGACUCUUUACUGGGCAUCAGUAGAAGAAUGUAUUCCCAAAUGGGAACAGUUUCUUUUAGGAAGAGCACCAUAUCCUAUUGGUGUUGAAAAGCCAAAUGAAGCAGAAGAUACCAUUGAAAAGGAGGUGCAGCAAUAGCUUCUUCACAUACUCUUUCAAAAAACUAUUUAGGACAGCUGAGUGUUAAAGAAUAUGCAGAUCACUGCAGGAACUUUAGGAAUCAGACAUGUUCACAUUGUCUCAUUACUUCCUCGAUGACAAUGAAGAUUUGAGAAUCCACUUGGGACUUUCAGGCCAUCACUGGGAGACCUACUACUCUUUCAGUGUCAUGAAUUUGCCUUCUACCAAACCCAUGGAAGUGUUAAAAGCUGAUA